AUGCUGGGGGCCGUGGUGGUGGGUCUGGGCAUGGCCGGUUCAGUCCGGAUCAGAGACAUGUUGGCUCCUUUAACCGGGAGCGCCGCAGAACAACUCAGCGUCAAAGGAUUCGUGUCCAGGAGGUCCCUGGGCGCCCAGCAGGGGGCAGUGCCACAGAUCUCUGUGUCUGAGGCUUUGAACAGAAACGACAUCAGUGUCGCCUUCGUCUGCACCGAGAACGAGUUUCACGAGGAGACCGUGAGGCAGUUCCUGUCUGAGGGGAAGCAUGUGUGUGUGGAGUACCCGAUGACCCUGAACCAUGCAGCAGCUGUGGAGCUGUGGGCCCUGUCUGAGGAACACGGAGUGGUCCUUCAUGAAGAACACAUCGAGCUGCUCACUGCAGAUUAUAAAUGGCUGAAGGAGAAAGUGGACGGACAGAAGCUGCAGGAGGGAACUCUGCAUUUCACUGGGGGGAGUCUCAAGCCGCGGUUCGGGUUCCUGGCCUUCAGUGGCAUCGCGAGGCUGACGUGGCUCGUUGAUCUGUUUGGAGAACUGAGCGUCACCGCAGCGUCUUUACAGGAAGAUCCAAGUAACGGCUACAGCAAGAUGACGGCACAGCUACGGACCUCAGAGGACCGGCCCCUGACGUGGAUCGAGGAGCGUGGUCCAAACCUGCCCAGAGCCAAACAGAUCCACUUCUGCUUCGAGGCCUUCACCCUGACACAGUUCCCUCCGCUGGCCAGCAGGGGCGCUGUGGGGCUAUUCAUGCAGGACUUGGUGCUGUUUGGGGAGAAGCUGACGGGACGAGUGUCUCCAGAGGCUCUGCAGCGAGAGAAGAGGAGAGUCCUGCACUGUCUGAGCCUGGCCCAGCAGAUCCAGGACCUGUGCCUCCCUCCCCCUGCUCUGUGA